AUGAAGAACCCAGAAACGGACGUUUCCAUCCAGGUAUUAUAUAUUUACACAGGCAAAUCGGAAGGGUAAAGUGUCCACAAAGGUACCUCUCGAAAUGGAACCUGAAGACCCCAUAAUGGGUCCAUCGUGAGACCUCCGGCAUACCUUUUAGCUAUAUCUGAGCCAUCUCGGAGGUACUUCAGAGUCUCUCUCAAGCCCUCUCAUUUUGCUCGAAAUCCGGAGAGGUAACCUCGAGGUACCAUCGUGAGACUUCAGUGUCUGCGAUAUACCUCUGAGGGUCUCGCGAUACCCUUUCUCGAUUCGUCUAUGUAGUUCAUUCAGGCUUGUAAGUUGGCUCCUGCGAAAAAUUUAUGUGUCUCGGUAAGGUAAACCGAACGUUUCUGAGGAGUUCUAGGGAUCACUUGAGAGUUCUGACGCCGCUAAGUUGGUCAAGAGUCCUCUAGGUGCUCUCUAGGAGUGCUCAGAAACGCCCGGUUCGAGUUACCAACUCUCAUGUUGGAUAGUAGCGCCCGCGGAUGCUACCGUCGUACACCCGCUUAACCCCAAGCCGAGCCCCCGAAACGCAAUUUUUAGCCGCGAAUAGACCCCGUUUAAGCCCAUAGGAUCUAUGCAAAACGCCAAUUUCGCGCACCGAGAGCCCGUUUAGGUACAGCGGAUCACCCGAACCGUUCAAAAACACCGGGUAAUCGGCAGUAGAACCCGUGUCGCUAAAUUAUACCGUAUUAGUCCAUGCUACUGGCCAGAAUUCGAGAAGGUCCGAGACAUGAGAAAAAGUUUUUCGUUAGUUUCGAGGCGUGAAAAGCUCCCGUAUGCAUUUUUAUUAUUAUUCUCAUUAUUUCAGAUUGGUUCGCCCUCGGAUCCAAGAUUCACCUUCUUUGACUUGUUCGAUUUGCCUUGGUUUGUUCUGAAAAUCUUUUAGUUUUCUCUGGACAAUUUUUCCACCGCGAAAAAAUGAUUAUUUCCGCAGGGAGGCACGUGGAUACGAUGAUUUCUCCCGCUUCGUGGUGGAUAUCGCCUGCUGCGCCGAAAACUUCUCGACAGGCUGGAAUGUGAAGGCGGACUUGAAAGUAGCAUACAGAUCCAACAAGUAUAAACUUUCGCAAGAGAUUGUGAGCUGCAAAAAUUUAUUUUAAAAAAAUGAUUCAAAUUUUUUCAGGCUUGUACGUUCAACCUACAAACCAAGUCUGUUCAAUUGGUCAUCGAGAAGGUGGUUUUCGGCUUAAAUCACACAAAAAAAAGACUAGAUUCGUUCUUUUGUUGUCUACAUACAUGGGCUAACCAUUUGUGAAGGCUUUCAAUCCUUUUUCUGUGUCUUGCUCAAUUAAGUUCAGUACAAUCUUUUGAGGUUACUACUCAGUUUUAUGCUGGUCUAAGCUAGGGGCUGAAGCAUAUUUUUUACAGGUUUUUUUUUUUUUGAAUCUAUUUGCAAAUCGAUCCCUCCUACUAGACUUUUUGUCUAGAGCGCCGUGAUACAAGAAUGAAGGGAAAAUUGUAGGCCUUUUAAUAGAGUUAUUAGGACCCAAAAACGCCAAAAACGAGAUUUUGUAUUUUUCAGUUUUUUUUUUCGAGUUCCCAUACUUGUGGGCCAUCAUAGUGCAUCUUCAAUCUCUUUUUCUUCCCUUUUUCUUUUCUAAUGGCGUGUUCACCGGACAAAACGAAAAUUGCUUCGAAACGCAAGAAAAAAUUGCUCCAAAACAAAAACUAGUACUGUUUUGGAACAACUUUGGCUUGCCGAUGAACACGAUUUUUCGUUUUGAAGCAUGUUCCGUUUCUCUGAUGAACACGCCAUAAAGAAAUUUUUUCGGCGAUGCGAAAUUGCUCCAUUACAGCCGUCUUCGAGUGGGAUGUACGCUUCUUCGUUGGAGGCCACGAUCAAAGUUUUCGAAAUCAGUGGCUUCGAGGGGCGGGUUCCUCGAGAUAGUUCUGAAUAUCUUCAAUUUUUAGCGCUUGUGAUGCACUCCCAAACUUCGAUUUUUCCAAUUCUGGAAACGGUCAUGACGAGGUUUUCCUUGUAGAAGGUCUAGAUUUCCAUGUCCCAUCUCAGGUUUGUCAUUUGUUGGAUAUUAAUUUUUUUUUUCUUGCAAACUUUUUGAAAUAACUUUCUUAAAAUUAAGAUCGUUUCAUUGUACUCGCCCGUACUCUCGAAAAUCGUCAACGAGAAGAAAAACGAAGAACCGAAUCCGAUCGACGACAAUGAAAAAGAAAUCAAAGGAAUCGAGCUGAAGGACGUCACAGCCGAUGAUUUUCGACACUUUUUGAACGCCAUUUAUCCUAGCAGACAUGGUAUCACAGGUGAUCUCACAUUCAUAGAUAAAUAAAUAAACCUUAUUUUUUAGCCGCGAACGUUGAAUGUGUCUUGAAACUCGCCGAAAAAUACGAGGCGACCGCUCUUUAUCCGAAAUGCGAAUACUUCUUGCGCUCUAAGAAGGGAAACAAAUUAAAUUUUGUGAAGCGGUUGAGCUGGGCCGCCUGUUACCGCAUGAAAGAUCUUCAGGUACCAUUCAUCGUAUUCUCAGUGAAUUCUACUCCAUUUUUCUUCCCAGAACGAUUUGUUCAAGUCGCUGGACAGCUUGGAAGCGUUGGAGGAGAUCGGAGAUGAUCCAGAUUGGGCUUCCAUGUGUGACACCGCCAAAAGGGGAUUCAUGGAAGUCUUCUUCCGAAUCAAGAAAAUUACCUCCAACGAAUUGUUUCCUCCUAUCGAUAUUGAGACGGCCCCUGUCAAGGUUUCUCGCAUUUAUUAUCGUUGAUCCUGGUUUUUGUUCUGUUUUUUUUUUGAAAGUUGUUGCUUUUUUUUUGUCACCGCUACCCUAUUUGUUUGUUACUUUUUGGAUCCAAUAAAAUCAUGAAAACGAUUGGUUUUCACUUUUUUUUUGUUGAGUUUUCAUGAAAAUAUUUUUCCACCGGAUUUUUACUGCUGCGAUUUCUUUUGAAAUUUGAAUUUGUAGCAAUUCCGCAGGCUUGUGCGCCAGUCAACCUCUCGGCCCCCCGGCCACUUCCCAAGCCUGGCCCGGCCUUAGAAGGGCCUCAAGCAAAAAUGGCCGGCCCGGCCCAAAAAGAUUAA